GGUUUUUUUUUUCAAGUGAUACCGCGAUAAACGAACCGCAAUGUAGCAAGCGAUUACUGUAAUUUGAAUUUCAAGUGACGACAGCAGCGCAACGUCGCGUCAGCAGCAGCUCUUCGAGUCAAUCUUUGUCCUUUAUGUAAACAACCGCCGCGCUGCUGACGCAGCGUCGCAACACGUGAGCAACAACAGGCUAAACGAUAGGUAUGUUAACGUGACAUAAACACAAACUAAGAGCUGAGAACAGCCCUGACGUAAAAUUCAGAGUUAUUCAAAAAACUAUUACAUAAAUAACAGGUUAAUAAAACCAUCUACGUCACUCCAAUUCAUUAAAUCCAUCAAUCGUCCUUUGUCAACAAUGCGUGCGCGCCGCUGACGGCUCUUGCACUUCAAAAUAUUCCACAGGACCAUAUAACGAUAUAUAAAUUAUAUAUCAAAUAACUAUUAUAUAAGCAAUAAUGUUAUCAAACCAUUUGUGCACUCUAAAUCAUUAAAUCCAUUGAUCAAAUUCCUCGUCCUUUGUCAACAUCGCCGCACGUGUGCCCUGACGUCAGCCUCGUCGUUAUUCCACAGAUCUACUAUAUAACUACAUUGUAGCGUUAACAAAGUUCAAGGAAAGACGUGGGUUUGGUAAACGGCUCUUUAUUUAACAAAACAAACUUACAGGCGUUCGCCAUGUUCGAGCGUGCCAAACAAGGAAUUUGACUUCGGUAAAAACACACCCUCUGUUCAACAUUGAUUAUUUAUUUAAUUUAAUAUUUAUUUAAUAUUACGCCCCAUAAAGCGAUUACCAAUCAGCGUGUCAUCAAAUGAUAAUAAAGCGUGUCAUCAAAUGAUAAUAAAGCUAGCCAGGGUGGACCACUGGUUAGAUGAUCCCCUUCCCAGAGGCUCCGGUCUUCUUGUAUAGAGUCAGCUGUCACAUUUCAAAAAGUUGCUGGUUAAAUGAAUUACAGAAUCUACAUUGCCCAUUAGUGUGAAUGUUUGUCACCUGGCUGGGAUAGGCACCCCCACAAAGACCAAGCAGAACUGAGAAUGAAUUGAUGGAUUCAUAUGUUUGCUUUAUAUAUUUGGAUUAUCACUCCCACAGAUUUUUUUGUUUACAUUACUUUAUACCAAAUGGUUUCCCUUUUAAAAGAUUACUGCACAGUUCAUACAUAGAACAAUGGUCAAAAUUUGUUUUAUUGAGGCGGGCCGUCGCCCAUGUGAUUCGUUUCUCCUGAAAGAAAUGCAAAGCUUUUCAGAUUUUGGGGGCGUAGCAGAUUGACAUUUUGUUUGACACCGGACUCACUUAAAUAUCGAGCCUGCUGGCUGAAAGUACACACAUCCAUCCACAUAAGGACAGAAAAGACAACAUGGGAUUGCUGACGGCUCUUGCUCUGGGUGCUGCGGGCGCAACGGGUGCGGUGGUCCUGGCUCCGGUGGCCCUGGGAGCUGUCGGCUUUACUUCAGCUGUGAUAGCGGCAAGUUCCAUCGCUGCGAGCAUGAUGUCCACCGCAGCAAUCGCCAACGGAGAAGGGGUGGCGACAGGGUGCGCGGUGGGUGCCUUGCAGCCUGCCGGCAUGGCUGGUAUACCGGCUGCGGCCUCUGCAGCUGUGGGCGCUGCAGGAGCGGCUGCAGGAGGUGCGGCAGCACUCGCUGCUGCUAUCAUCUGAGGCCAAACCUUUUUGCCAAAUGAAUACCAUUUCAUAUAAUAUCAAUGAUGUGAUACGAAUAUGAAUCAUAAUGCAAUAAAUGAAAUUGGUCAAUUUCA